UCGUCGUCAUUGACUCGCUGCAGGCUGUCGUGGCUCCUCGCUCGCUUCCCAACUUUUUCCUCCUCUCUCAAACUUUCUGCGGGCUCCAGACAAAUGGCUGCCAAGCCCUCUGACUCUUUAGCUCAUAGAAUCGUCUUGAACUGGGAAAGCUGGUUCGCUUAAAUUGUGACAAAAAAAACAACCCACGAACAACUUGCGAGUGAACUCGUCGAAAGCCGUUCGAAGGAAUCCGGAGACGCGUCGCUGCCAUUUGCUUCAAGGCUCCAGUUUCAAAUUCAAAAUGUCCGUCAGUAGUCACGAAAACCGAAAGUCUCGCUCCAGCUCCGGCUCCAUGAAUAUCCAACUGUUCCACAAGACAUCGCAUGCCGACAGCCUCCUGACCCAGCUCAACCUGCUUCGCAAGCGUAAAGUCUUCACAGAUGUUGUCCUGAAAGCCGGUAACCGGGCCUUCCCGUGCCACCGGGCAGUCCUGGCCUCCUGUAGUCGAUACUUUGAGGCUAUGUUCAGCGGCGGACUGAGGGAGAGCCGUGACGCCGAAGUCAACUUCCACGACUCUCUCCAUCCGGAGGUGCUGGAGCUGCUGCUCGACUAUGCCUAUUCGGCCCGAAUCCUCAUCAAUGAAGAAAACGCAGAGUCCCUGCUCGAGGCCGGUGAUAUGCUUCAGUUCCAUGACAUCAGGGACGCAGCGUCAGAGUUUCUAGAAAAGAACCUCCACCAUUCCAACUGUUUGGGGAUGAUGCUGCUGUCAGACGCCCAUCAGUGCCAGAGACUGUAUGAGCUGUCAUGGCGCAUGUGUCUUGCAAACUUCGCUACCCUCUACAAAACCGAGGACUUCCUGAACCUUCCCAGAGACAAAGUGCGUGAGCUGAUCCUCAGUGAGGAGCUAGAGGUAGAGGACGAGAGCCUAGUGUAUGAGGCUGUAAUUGACUGGGUGAAGGCCGACAUGGAGCAGAGGCACAGCGAGCUGCCCGAGCUGCUGCGUUGUGUCCGUCUGGCGCUUCUACCCGAGACGUACCUGCUGAACAACGUGGCUUCAGAGGAGCUGGUCAUGUGUCACAAGGUGGGCCGAGAGAUUGUUGAAGAUGCCGUGCGAUGCAAGAUGAGGAUCCUGCAGAAUGACGGCAUCGUGACGGGAUUCUGUGCCCGGCCCAGAAAAGUCAGCCAGGCCUUGCUGCUACUCGGAGGACAAACCUUCAUGUGUGACAAAGUCUACGUGAUUGACAACAAGACCAAAGAGAUCACUCCCAAGACCGACAUCCCUAGCCCCAGAAAGGAAUGCAGCGCCUGUGCCAUCGGUUGUAAGGUUUAUGUCACUGGCGGGCGUGGCUCUGAGAACGGGGCCUCCAAAGACGUCUGGACCUACGACACUUUGCAUGACGAGUGGUCCAAAGCGGCGCCCAUGUUAGUUGCCAGAUUCGGACAUGGAUCAGCAGAGCUGGACCACAUGCUUUACGUUGUGGGAGGUCACACUUCACUUGCAGGAUCCUUUCCUGCCUCCCCAUCCGUGUCCCUUAAACAGGUGGAGCAGUACGACCCGCAGACCAAUAAAUGGACGCUGGUGGCUCCUCUCAGAGAAGGCGUUAGCAACGCUGCUGUUGUCGGUGCUAAAAACAAACUGUUUGCCUUUGGCGGAACCAGUGUCAACAGAGACAAAUAUCCCAAGGUUCAGUGCUUUGACCCGUGCCAGAACCGGUGGUCCGUUCCGGCAGCAUGUCCGCAGCUUUGGCGCUACACAGCCGCGGCGGUAGUUGGAAACAACGUAGUUGUGAUCGGGGGUGACACCGAAUUCUCCGCCAGCUCUGCAUACCGCUUCAACAGCGAGACGUACCAGUGGUCAAAGUUCGGCGAUGUGACUGCCAAACGUAUUAGCUGUCAUGCCGUGGCGUCGGGGAAUAGACUAUACGUGGUUGGGGGGUACUUUGGGGCUCAAAGGUGUAAGACCCUAGACUGCUAUGAUCCAUCAUCAGACUCUUGGGACAGCGUGACCAGCGUUCCUUACUCACUCAUUCCCACGGCCUUCGUCAGUACAUGGAAGUACCUGUCAGCCUAGAAACGCAUGGAUGCGUUGAGCUUCCUACGGUGCAACGAGGGUGAAGGGCCCAUGUGUUCCCCGCCGGCGUUCCCGGUAUCGUCAACAUUGGACUGGCUCGAUUCCUGGAAAGUGAAGACUGAAAGCGCGUCUUCGUCGCCUCCUUCCACCGGAUGUGUUUACCCAGAACGUCUUGUGUAACUUUCCCAUGCAGCCCCUAAACCGGUGCGGUUGCCAUGCACUCCUUGUAACAUGUGAAGCACAGCCAGUGGAGGCCCCGGAGCAGAAAACGCCAUAAUUUAACGCCUCCAUUGGAAUGAACAAUGUUAGACUGAAGUCCUGCAACAUUUAGCCAAAAGCAAGUCCUUCCUUCCUUCUCCUCGUCACACUGGGCUUUCACUCAGGUGUAACGGACCGAACUGCUGACUGACUCCAUCGGGCCUUGGCGUUGGCAGACACGUGUAGAAGCAGAGAAGACGUGUGCUAAAAGUGGAUGAUUUUGUACACAGUACGACUCUUCCUGUCUCUAUUUUUAGAUGUUGGACUUGGGCUUCCCUCAAUUUUGGCCAGCUUAAAUUUGUAUCUUCCUCCUGAAGUGAAUAUACAAAUUGGCAAGGCCCGUUACAGCUGAAGUAGUUACUUAUUUUUGUGUGUCUCAGGGUUAUGUGUAUAUUUGUUUACUGCAUGAAGAGGGAUUAACUGUAUUCGCUCUAGAAAGAUGACCUCUGUCAGUUUUUAAUAAUGCUCUUCUUUCUGUGAAUGUAAAAGUUUCAUGACAAAGGUUUUUUUUGUUUUUUUUUAGAUGACAUCAGCAGUGUUUUUCCAUCUGAAAGUUCAAAAGUGUGCUUCUUCUUAUAGUGGCGGUUAUAUUGGAAACACAGACGCUGCCAAAACCUGAAUAGUAAAACUUUGCGACAUCUUCAUUUAAAGAUGUGUCCCAAGUUAUUUCUAGCUACUGUAACAUUUUUUUUCAUUUUAAAUUUAAACAUCUUAAAAGUAUUGAAUAGUUUGUAUAUUUUCUUAAUAAUUGAUCAUUUCUUUUUGAUUUGCACAGUUUGUACAAGCUCUCUUCGUGGUCUUAACUUUAUUACGUCUUUGUCUUAACCCGGCUUUGGGUCGUGCGAACGCUUUUUGAAUCAAGCUAACUUUAUUUGAUCAGACAGAUUGCCUAUAGACGCUCUGUUACUUCCCUUCCUCUUAAUGUCAAUAAAGAAAUAUCCUGUUCAUA